AUGGGCAAGGACAGCUUCGCACCUGGUGACGCCAAGAAGGGCGCCAACCUCUUCAAGACCCGCUGCGCUCAGUGCCACAACCUCAAGGAGGGUGAGGGUAACAAGAUUGGGUAUGCGUCUUCCCACAGCUUUCACAGCAAGGCUUCGCUUCUCGCCAGCCACGCUCAAGUUGUACCAUCCCCUCUACACGUUCAUAUGCUGACCAAGGUCAUAGUNCCUAACCUUCACGGUCUUUUCGGUCGCAAGACUGGUGAGGUUGAGGGUUUCGCCUACUCUGAUGCCAACAAGCAGAAGGGCAUUACCUGGGAGAACGACACUCUCUUCGAGUACCUCGAGAACCCCAAGAAGUACAUUCCCGGUACCAAGAUGGCCUUCGGUGGCUUGAAGAAGGCCAAGGACCGCAACGACUUAAGAGACCAAGUAAAGGACGACGACAAUGACGAUACCUCCAUCCUGUACCAAUACAUCCUUUAG